AUGGCACAUUAUAAGUAUAUUAUAGUCAAUGCUGACAACAUAAAGCUCAUUCUUGACAUCAGUGCCAUGACUGAGUCAAACUAUUUCAGUCUGAUUGAUGUGUCUGAUUGCCCUGCCUCUGCUGCUCCCAUCUCUGCUACCAUUAUCUGCUGUCUGUGUUCUGCCUCUGCCCCAUCAACUACUCCUGCCACUGCUCCACCACCACUGCCAUCACUUACCACUACCUCUCUGUCUCUCUCUAGUGCCAACAGGGUCUCCACCUGUCAAAUGGUGGGUAUUAGAGCCCCUGUCUGGUUCACAAAGCCAGUUCUGGAGGAGCAGAAGGAGGAGAAGAAGAAGAAGAAGAAGAAGAAGAAAAGAGAGAAGAAGAAGAGAAAGAAGAAGAAAGAGAAAGAGAAUGAUGACAAUAACAAGAAUAAUAAUAAUGAUGAAAAUGAUGAACUUGCUAUUUAG